CUAUCACAAAACUCUAGCUAGCCAGUUAGGCAAUUUGGCAAGUGUCAACAAUAACAAACGAAUACUGAGAGUUGAUUGGCUGUUUCGUCCUGAACCCAGCAGGGUCGAAGCAAGAGGGCUCCCUGUGUGCUCAGCAUUGCCUUAACAACCUUCUGCAAGGCGAGUAUUUCACCCCCGUGGACCUGUCGUCCAUCGCCCAUCAACUGGAUGAAGAGGAAAGGAUGAGGAUGGCGGAGGGUGGUAUGGGUAGUGAGGAGUACAGAACCUUUUUACAGCAGCCAUCUGGUAACAUGGAUGACAGUGGUUUCUUUUCUAUACAAGUUAUCAGCAAUGCAUUAUCAGUGUGGGGUUUGGAGCUGAUCCUCUUCAACAGCCGAGAAUACCAAAGCCUUAUGAUAAACCCAAUAAAUGAAAAGGCAUUCAUAUGCAACUACAAGGAGCACUGGUUUACAAUACGAAAACUUGGGCAACAGUGGUUUAAUUUGAAUUCAUUGUUGACUGGACCAGAGCUGAUAUCAGACACAUACCUAGCCCUCUUCCUUGCACAGUUACAACAAGAAGGGUAUUCCAUAUUUGUGAUCCGAGGAAAUCUCCCGGAGUGUGAUGCAGAGCAGAUUCUGGGGAUCAUGAAGGUGCAGCAGCAACAGAGACCCAAGCUGAUUGGAGAGGACGAGGCUCAGUCGAGUAGUGGCAUGGGCAGAUCAUCAGGGCAGGGUAGUGUGCUGGAGGCAGGCCCUGGUGUGGUAGAGGGGGUGGUGGAUGAGGAUGAGGAGGAGCUGAGGAAGGCCCUGGCCCUGAGUAGACAGGGAAUGGAGGUGGAGGAUGAAGAGGCUGAUCUUCGCAGGGCCAUACAGCUCAGCAUGCAGGGUAAGGCUUUAUUGGGGGCAGUAGUGAGCAAUACGUCAAUGCCAAAAGGGGGACUUGUUGCUAAAACGACAUCGUCCGGCCAGGCACCAGGGAGUACUACAGGAGGAGCACCUCUGAGUGAGAAACUCUCAGCUGAGGAACUGCGACGGAGGAGACAAGCCUACUUUGACAGACAGUCCCAACAGCUGGCUCAGCCCACUUCACCUCAACAACCAACAGAAAGCACAGGACCCGGGAAGAGUGGCACAGAGGAAGAUGCACAAACCAAACGCAGCCAGUGAGGUGGAGGGUGCUCCAGCAAAAGCCUACGUUGACUACUACCUGCCUCGACUGGUACCUCCUUCAUGGGGCAGCCUCACCCCCUCCUCUAACCCUUCCCAUAAGCGAACGUAUAGCCGGCCAGAAGGCUGGCACACCUCCCUUGGCUAGUUCGCUGACAGGUUGUAGAGAAGAGAAUAACAACAGAGAAUAAAGAAAAGGUGCUAGUCUACUCUAACAGACUUGAACCUGAGGCUGGGAAGAGCGACGAUAAAGAAUUAAAAUGCAGUUAUUCCAAGUCUGUGAUGGCUUUUCUACCACAGCGCCUUGUAUUUCUAAUUUGUGGUUUGAUUUUUUAUUCCUACGCUUGUUGCUUUCCGCUGGGAGGGGUCUUAAUGGAGCCUACCGUGCCGAGGUGUGUUUGGUGGGUGGAUGGGCAAAAUGGUGAGGUGUGUUACGAGAGAGGAAACCAAUAAUUACCUAGGACAAUCCUCUAGCCUUCAGUAUGGGAGUGCUACAUGGGACCACUAGUUCAAUAGAGGUAGAGGUUUGGUAGAGACCAUGAUAGUCUCUUGCCUUCUUUCACUUGGGUCUUGUAAGUGGUCACCCCCCCCCCCCCGCCAAAUCAUAAAAUAAUAGAUUUAUAUCCAGUAGUGAGGUGAAUUCAUUUUUAGCUGUAUUACUGCAUCUUCUAAAGAAACAUAUAUAAGCAGCAUUUGAAAGGGCUGAUCCGACUUGCCCUAGCUAGUUAAUUAACCACCACCCUGGUUUAAACUCCUUAGUCAUAUGUUUUUGUAAUUGUUAUUUUGUCUUUUGAAGUAGUAUAGACAAACGCUAUUUUAAUACAGUGGUAACAUGAUCAAUGCUGUUUACAAUUAUUGUAUUUACGUGGAAUUUUCCGGUUUGGAUACGCUAAUCCAAAGCAUGUAUUAGACGUCCCAUGUAGAGUUUGAGCUGUGCUCAGUUGACUUCUCUGGAAAUUCCAUGAUUUCAUUCCCUUUUUCUUUAAAUUGUUCUUGUUUUAUUUGAGAGCAAAGUUUGAACUAGAGUUGCGCUGCCACAAUGCUUUUAGUUUUUUUUUAAUGAUUGCAUCAAUUUCACUUCUUGAUAUUCUUCAAUAGGCACUAAACAAUCAUAUGUUUGUUAUACUCCACAUCACCAUUUUAUUACAUCACUCUCUUUCAUUUGCUGUAUCUAAAAAAUUUCUUUCCAGGAAUAAAAUAUUUGCUCCUACUGAAAUCUUCUGGAAUCUUGCAUCAUUGAUCUAUGGCUGAAUUGUUGAAUUACAUCCUUGUCCUAAUUUAAGUUGAAUCAUUUCCACCUUUCAAAGUGGGUACAUCAAUUGUCAGUACCAAAUUUGCUUUCAUUUGGAAAGAAACUAAAAUAAGACUACCAGUUUGAGUAAACCUAACCCAUGGUUAAUAGAUAACCCUGAUGGCACACUUGCACUUUGUCUCCCCAAAUAGUAGAUGGAGGGUUUUGACAAACUACCUUUCUGAUACCCAGGCUGAAAGGUGUCAUUUUUAUUUGAGCUCUGAUGCAAUGCAUUGAUAAGUCAUUGAUCACCAAACAAAUAUCUUGCCAUUUGUCUAGAAGACAUUACAUACUGUGAAGUCCAAAUGUAUUUGAACAGUGACACAUUUUGUUGUUUUGGCUCUGUACUCCAGCACUUUCGAUUUGAAAUAAAUAAUAAUGUGAGGUUAAACUGCAGACUGUCAGCUUUAAUUUCAGGGUAUUUGUCUGUAUUGGAUGGGCAGCACUUUUUUUUUUUUUUUUUUUCUACAUAGUCCCCUCCACCCCAUUUUAGGGAACAAAAAGUGUUUGCACAAGUUCACUUAUGUUUAAAAGUAGUCAAAAGUUAAGUAUUUGGUCCCAUAUCCCUAGCACGCAAUGAAUACAUCAAGAUUGUGACUCUACAAACUUAUUGGCUGCAUUUGCAUUUUGUUUUAGUCAUGUUUCAGAUUAUUUUGUGCUCAAUGGAAAUGAAUGGCAAAUAAUGUAUUGUGUCAUUUUGUAGUCUAUUUUAUUGUAAAUAAGAAUAGAAUAUGUUUCUGAACACCUAAUUGUGAAUAAUGAUGGAUGAGAAAGUUAGGCACAAAGAUCAUACACCCAAGUCAUGCUAUCCUCUAACCAUUAUCAAUAAUGGGAUGUUAGAAUUUUGGGGGUGGGUUAUGAAAAUAAUGCUUCUGUCACUCAAUGUUAUUCAUUCAUGAUUAUCUGUAAUCAAGGUAGCGUCCACAUUAAAGUACAAGUGUUUAUAAACAUAUAUUAUGAAAGUGACUCAAAUGACACAAUACAUUAAGGGAGAGUGGGGUAAGCUGAGACACCCUUGUUUCUAAGAAAUUGUGGAAUCUGGAAGAAAGCAAGUUAGGUAAAAAAAAGUUAGGUUAUUCAAAUACAUUUCAUGGUGCUGGUAUCUAAAUCAAAUGAGAUCAUUAUAAGAUUGUUCUAUACGUCAGUUGGGGUUUCUAUAAGGUUCAAUAUGAGGUCCUAAACCUAAGAUGAAAGUGCAUCCUUCAAGCUGUGUGGGCUAAUAUAGUCAAAAUGUUUGCAUUGGGGUAAGUUGAGCCAAGGGCUAUGUGGUAAGUUGAAGUGAUUUCUUCCCAGGCCUAAUGCAAGGCAUUAUCACUGGGAUACAACAGGGCCUGGUCUAUAUUAAAAGUGUUUAAAAAGUACAAAGUAUUUGUUUUAAGCCUGUGUUAAAAGAUGCUUAAAUGAUUAAAAGACACAAAGUGAU